AGAGAUCUGCCCCAUCUCCAGGGGGGAGCAGGGGAGAAACAGAGACCAACCUUUUCCUCUACAGAUGGGGAAACAUACCUCCCAUGGAAAGCUGGGUCUCACCUCCAGCUCCUGGACACAGAGCAGGGACCUGCCCCUGUGUCUCCAUCAAGGCUGCACAAGAGACCUGACCUGCUCUCACCAGCCUCCGACUUGUGACCUCCCCGUGUGCUCGGCCUCCUCUGUGGCACACCCACAGGAGUCAGUGGGAGGAGCUUCUCUUGCUACAGGAGUUCCUUGGAAUGCGGACAGCUGGGGGGGGUCACAGAGGCCUCUGUGAUAUCACCACGAGGGGCGGGCAGGCUCGCUUGGAGUGACGUUUCUUUGAGGAGUGAGGGGGGAGACUGAGAAAUAUGGCAGAUAACCAAAGGAGCUGGUGGCAGCAGUGGACCGACACCACCUACAUCAAACCUUUGAACCGCUUGAGAGCUGCUCAAGAGCCCUACCGGCGAGAGGAGCAAGUGCUCAUCAACCGCCGAGACAUCACCAGCAGAAAGGAUGCCUGGGACAUGCAGGAGUUCAUCACGCGCAUGUAUGUCAAGCAGCUUCUCCGACACCCGGCCUCCAAGGUGCUGCUGGCCGUGCUGCUGGUGGUCAACGCCAUCACCAUCGCUCUCCGCACCAACUCUAUGCUUGGCCAGAAACACUAUGAGUUGUUCUCUACCAUAGAUGACAUUGUGCUGACCACCCUUAUCUGUGAACUUCUUCUCGGCUGGUUAAAUGGUUUCUGGAUUUUCUGGAAGGACGGCUGGAACAUCCUCAACUUCCUUAUCAUCUUUAUCUUGCUCCUGGGGUUUUUCGUUAAUGAACUCAGUGCCGUCGCUAUCACCUACACCCUCAGGGCACUUUGUCUGCUGCACGUGUGCAUGGCGGUGGAGCCCCUGGCCCGGAUCAUUCGCGUCAUCCUGCAGUCGGUGCCCGACAUGGCCAACAUCAUGGUCCUCAUCCUCUUCUUCAUGCUGGUAUUCUCCGUGUUUGGGGUCACUCUCUUUGGUGUGUUCGUGCCCAUGCAUUUCCAGAACAUGCAGGUUGCCCUGUAUACCCUCUUCAUCUGCAUCACCCAGGAUGGCUGGGUGGACAUCUACAGUGACUUUCAGAUGGAGACAGGGGCGUACGGAGUGGCGAUUGGGGGCGCCAUCUACUUUGCCAUCUUCAUCACCAUCGGUGCCUUCAUUGGCAUCAACCUGUUGGUCGUCGUGGUGACCACCAAUCUGGAGCAAAUGAUGAAGGCAGAACAGGGGCAGCAGCAUCAAAUAGCCUUCAGUGAGGUAGACGACAAGAAGGGAAAUGGGAAUAACAAGCUGCCGCUGGUGCACUGUGCAGUCGCCCGUUCGGAGAUGUCUGGCGUCCCCCAAGAGCCAUUUAUGGGGGGCUCCCUGACAAACCUCUCGGAAAGAACAUGCGACAACUUUUGCCUGGUGCUCGAGGCGAUACAGGAGAACCUGAUGCAAUACAAGGAGAUCCGCGCUGAGCUCAACACGAUAGUGGACGAGGUCCGCUCCAUCCGCUUCAACCAGGAGCAGGAGGAGGAGCUGAUGCAGAGGCACUUGUCGUGGAACAUGUCCUUGGAGAGCAGGUCCUCUGUGGACAUCCGUGAGAUGACUCGCGAGCAAGACUUGAUCACCGCGCUCGUCAACAGGAAAAAGGUUCAGGAAUCCAACACAAAUGUUAACAAACGAAAGGCCAGCCGCUGAGAGGGCAGUACAGGAGCCAAUGGGCAUGAGCACACACCCAGCCGCUGCGUCUUCCUGCAUUGCUGGCAUGGUGUGGCACAUCCUGGCCUGAGCCCAUCCUCUGCCUUACACCUGGGCAGAUGCCUAGGGAUGGAAGGGGGCGGUGUCUGUAGGACUUGGGCCUGUGAGCCCAGGUCCAGAGGAGCACGGAUGGAGAAGGAUGGUGGAUGAGAGUGGAGCCUUACAGCAAGGAUGAGCCCACAAGGGGCUGCUGGCCAAGGCAGCCAGGAUUUGCCCUCAAGAUGGGCAUCCCUGGUCCCCUGCUAGACCAGAACUACAUGGGGUCUAAGUGGGCCCAAGUACCAGGAGGAGAAAGAUGAGGCCGGUGG